GAACUGGUACUCUAUAAAAAUAGUCCGGAAUUGAUGCCGCCUGCAGAUAGUCCAGUUACUCCAACUUAUUCAUCAGCAAUGAACGAACCAACUACUACUGCGGAUAUUAUCACAAUUCCAAUUCCUUCUGAAGAAAAAACACAAUUGACAGCUAAUUGGGUAGAAAAGAAUUUUGAUUCUUAUAAAAAAUUGAGUUUAAAAGAUUUUAUUUUUUCAUCUUCUAUUUCUUCUAUGAGUACUGAAUUUAAGUUAUAUGAUCGUCGUCAUUUUUCUCGUAUCUUUUCUUCAUUG